AUGUCAGUGCGGGAGAAAAAAGGAUUACGAUUUGAGGACAAAGUUGCCAUAGUAACCGGGGGAUGCCAAGGCAUUGGUAGAGGUUGCGUAGACGUGUUAGUCGAAGAAGGAGGCAAGGUUGCUGUUUUUGAUAUUAAAGAUUCAGUAGGAAAAGACUUAGCAUCGGGAUGUCACAACGUUAUAUAUAUCCACUGUGACGUGAGGAAUGACGAUGAAAUGAAGAAUGGAGUACAAAGCGUUAUUCAGAAUUUCGGGAAACUGGAUUUGCUUGUCAACAAUGCUGGAUAUGCUCCACACGCUCACGUUAUUGAUGACGUCAUUCCGAAGGAUUUCCGGGACCUUCUCAACCUCAAUCUCAUUUCGUAUUACACAAUGUGCAAGUUCAGUCUUCCUCAUCUCCGUAAGAGCAAGGGUAACAUUGUGAACAUAUCCAGCAUUGGGUCAUCUUCCGCUGCCCGCGGCAUGAGCAUGUACUGUGCAACAAAGAACAUAUUGACCCGGUACUUCAUAGUUUGGCCGAAGAAACACCCAUGCCUGGUCAUAUGUUUGCUUGGCCUUAAAGGAUCUGAGGAUUUAUUACAAACUGUGUUGGUUCUUUACCUACGACUUAGUCAGGGUCUGAAUGUCUUUCAACAAUCAUGUAUGCUUCAACCUGCUUACCAGAAGCUAUUGGUUCAUGGAAUACUCAAACAAAGAAUUUUCUUUUGAUUUUUGGAUCUUCCAAAAUCAGUCCAGUCAAAUCAGGCCAUGCACGAGUUAGGGAUCAAUCAAAUCAAUGUGCAUUGGAAAUAUUUCCCCAGACUUCUCGCAUUCUUUUGACAAAGAGAGAGACUUGGAUGAGGGUUGUUGUUGUUUAGAUUGUGU